UAAUGUUGUGACUAUAUACAUUAUUCAUUAUUAAUGUUAAUUCAGUCAAUCAAGAAGGAUUCUACUCUGGCCUAAGUUUGUUCUUGUUCCUGUUUUGCCUACCAAUUUGUCCCUGUAUAAGAAGUGUCAUACAAUGCUAUGGCUGUUGUGGGAUGUCCAAUGAGAGAGUUUGGUCACAAGAAUCCAUCUCAUCACAGCUAAGGAUGAUUGUUGGAAGGAGCUCCAACCCACUCACUUUUCAAACUGGUCACAGUGUUGUCUGAGGGAAAUGUUAAGGAAGACUCUGGCUUCAGUACCUGUAAGCAACAUGAAGUUUACGUCGGUGUUAGUCCUUCUUUUUUUCUGCUCUACUUUCAACAAAUCCCAAGGAAAGUCAAAGCCCAAACCGGGCUGUGAAUACCCCCCGUCUCAGUGGUGUAGGAGUUUGGAAAUUGCAAUAGAAUGUGGGGUUCAGAAGCAGUGUUUGGAGCUCAAUGCCACCAGGCCCAAUUCAGCAGUACCCAGAGUUGAGGUGACCCUGUACUAUGAGAGCCUGUGUCCAGGCUGCAGGGUCUUCCUCACCCAGCAGCUCUUCCCUACCUGGGCCAUGCUCCAUGAUAUCAUGGAGGUAAAACUGGUGCCGUACGGCAAUGCGCAGGAGCUUCCCUCAGGGAAUUCUCCCUUCACCUGUGAACAUGGGGAACCAGAGUGUCAUAGUAACAUGAUUGAGGCAUGUAUUCUACAUUCAGUGGGUCUGUACUCGGCCUUCCCUGUCAUUGACUGCAUGGAAUCUGCAGCAAAUGUUCUCGCCGCCGCCCAACCUUGCUUACAGCUACACGUCCCCUCCAUGACGUGGGACAGUGUCACAACCUGUGUUAAGGGAGAGCUUGGCUUCAAACUGAUGCAUGAGAACGCCCUGAAGACCAAUGCUCUCAGUCCAGCCAAAACACACGUCCCCUGGGUGACCAUUAAUAGGGAAUACACAGGUGACUUUCAGGACAAAGCAAUGUCAUCACUUUUUAACUUGGUCUGCAAGAUGUAUAAGGGAGGAAAGCCCCCUGCCUGCACUGGAGCACAGAAGAAACUAGACAGGAGUCUGUGCUGAAACCAACAGUCAUAUUCUGCAUGCCAUUCAUGUUGUUUUCAAAAUAUAUUUUGUUACAGUAUAAGUACCAGUUUCCCUCAUUCUUUUGAAAGACAAUGCAAGUCCAAAAUAAAUCACAAGUUGCUCAUUUCUUUA